AUGAAACAGACACUACUCGACGUAGCCAAGCCAGCAGCUUCUAUGAACACACUGAUGGACACAACGAUGAACACCAUGGAAGCAACCCCCGCAUCCAACACCGCUAUGAACCUUGAUGACUUUGUGGAUGCAGAUAUCGACGAUGACGACGAUCAAGUGGCCAUUACCCCGAUCAUAUUCAGCUUAUCACUCUCCUCACUGGACGCCACAACUACCCCCGUCACCGAGCUUCCUACUCGAACACAGCUAGCCACUUUCUCGUUCGAAGCCCUGUCAAAUGUCGCCAUCAACGAAGAUAACAAUGAGACAAGUCUCUAUCCGACGGUAUACACGCUAGAUGUCUCACACCAGGUAGCUUUGGGAUACGAGGAUGACGCCCACAGCAUGGGUACCCUCGAUGGACCUCCCGAACUUUAG